AUGUCUGCCGUGGCUCCCACUAUCCCCGGGGCUGACCCAGCAAAGGAUAUACAAAAACGCCGUGCUGGCAGUGUUGGGUCAGAUGAAGACGACGCAAGUGGUGGUAAAUACACAAGGAUGGAGGAGGACAAUAUUCAAGAUAAAGAAAGAUUUGCAAGUCGCGAAAACCAUUGUGAGAUUGAACGUCGCAGAAGAAACAAGAUGACGGCAUACAUUACGGAACUAUCUGAUAUGGUUCCGACAUGUUCUGCGCUCGCGCGGAAACCCGACAAACUCACCAUACUGCGUAUGGCAGUAGCGCACAUGAAAGCAUUGAGGGGCACUGGCAACACAUCUACAGAUGGUACUUAUAAACCAUCUUUCUUAACUGAUCAAGAACUAAAGCAUUUGAUUCUUGAAGCUGCAGAUGGGUUUUUGUUUGUUGUGAGUUGCGACACAGGUCGUAUUAUUUAUGUAAGCGACAGCAUAGCUCCUGUUCUUAACUACUCUCAGGGCGAAUGGUAUUCAUCAUGUUUAUAUGACCAAGUGCAUCCAGAUGAUCUUGAAAAAGUUAGGGAACAAUUAAGUACGCAAGAACCCCAGAAUACGGGACGUAUAUUGGAUCUAAAGACUGGUACUGUAAAAAAAGAAGGUCAUCAAUCAUCCAUGCGUCAAGUGAUGGGCUCCCGACGUGGUUUCAUAUGUCGUAUGCGCGUGGGAGGCUCAGCUGAAGGAGCACAUCUCGGCAGAUUGCGCGCACGAAACUCCCUAGGACCCUCACACGAUGGUCACAAUUACGCAGUCGUUCAUUGUACUGGAUAUAUAAAAAAUUGGCCUCCUACAGGUAUGCAGAUGGAUCGUCCAAUUCAAGAAGAACUUGACACAUCACAUUGUUGUCUAGUUGCCAUCGGACGUUUGCAGGUUACAUCAACUCCCAAUGCUUCGGAAAACAGUUUAUGUAGCGGCGGAGUAGAGUUCGUAUCACGGCAUUCAGUAGACGGGCGGUUUACCUUCGCUGACCAACGUGCGACGCAAGUAAUCGGUUACGCCCCAGCUGAUCUUUUGGGAAAGCUUUGUUACGAAUUUUAUCAUCCAGAAGACCAGCAACAUAUGAGAGAUAACUUUGAUCAAGUCUUGAAGUUGAAGGGUCAAAUCAUAUCCCUUAUGUACCGGUUUCGCACUAAAAGCAGAGAAUGGAUUUGGUUAAGAACUUCCGCUUUUGCCUUUUUGAACCCCUACAACGAUGACGUAGAAUACAUCGUUUGUACGAAUACGUUGGCCAACCGAUCAUUGGGCAACACUGCGGGUGAACCUGCACCAGAAGAGAAUUACGAUUACCAUUUAAGACAUCGCGACGUGUAUCAAGCUCCACCACCGAAUCUUCACCAGCAACAUCACGCUCCUCCAGUGGCGGGAGGAGGUGGCGGCGGAGGAGUGGGUGCCCGCUCGCCGGGCGAGGCCGGCGUGGGCGGCGUGGGCGGAGUGGCGGGAGCGGCGCCGGCGCCCGCCUACGCCACGCCAUACGCGCCCGACUACUCGCCGCACCGCCCCACCAACACGCCGCCGCACACCACGUGGACCACACUCCGCACGAGCGGUGCCGGAAGCGGAGAGAGCUACGCGUACAGCGGCGAGGGCGGAGGCGCGGCGGGCGGCGCGGCCGACGCCAGUCCCGCGCGCUCGCCGCCCGCGCCCUCCUACCUGCCGCCCGCGCACUACCACCUCAACCACCACCCGCAUCCCUCCCACGGUAUGUGGUCGUGGCAGGCCGGGGCGGGCCCGGCCGCGGGCGCCGCUCCCGCCGAGGGAGCCCACGGGCCGCACGAGCUCUCCGAUAUGUUGCAAAUUCUAGACCAGAGUGGUACGGCCACUUUCGAGGAUUUAAACAUUAACAUGUUUAACUCGAACUUCGAGUAA